AUGCUCUGGGUGCUGUCAUUAGGAUGGGGUAAAAGCAACUGUGAUCAUUUUAAAGAUGCUGGAGUCAUCUGCUCAGGAGUCAGGCUGGUUGGAGGUUCUCGCUGCUCUGGGAGGUUAGAGAUCCUUCAUGAUCAGAUGUGGAUGUCAGUGUGUGCCGCUGCCUUUGACCAGCAGGAUGCAGAGGUUGUGUGUAGAGAGCUGGACUGUGGGGCUCCUGUACAGGUGCUGGGAGCUGCUGCUUUUGGCAAAGGAGAUGCUCAGAUGUGGAAACACGAGAUACAGUGCAGAGGAAAUGAAUCUCAGAUUCACCUCUGUCCAACAUCACUGUCCGUCAAAAGCAACUGUUCUCAGGAACAGAACAUUGGUUUGCUGUGUGCUGACAUAAUAAAUGUGAGGUUGGUUGGUGGUCACAGUCACUGUGCUGGUAGAGUGGAGGUUCUUCAUAGAGGUCAGUGGGGAACAGUGUGUGACAUUGGUUGGGAUUUGGCUGAUGCUGCAGUGGUGUGUAGAGAACUGGACUGUGGAGAACCUGUAGAUGCUCUGGGUGAUGCUCAUUUUGGACCAGGAUCAGGACCAGUUUGGAUAAAAAAUGCAAUGUGUACUGGAUCUGAGUCCACACUUAAGAAAUGUGGAUCUGUACCAUCGAUUUAUCAUGGCAAUUGUCUUGAUAAAAAUGUUCAAGUCAUUUGUUCAGAUGCCCGCCUGGUUGGAGGUUCUCGUUGUUCUGGGAGGUUAGAGAUACUUCAUGAUCAGACGUGGAUGUCAGUCUGUGCCGCUGCCUUUGACCAGCAGGAUGCAGAGGUUGUGUGUAGAGAGCUGGACUGUGGGGCUCCUGUACAGGUGCUGGGAGCAGUUGCUUUUAGCAAAGGAGACACUCAGAUGUGGACUCAAGAGAUUCAGUGCAGAGGAAAUGAAUCUCAGAUUCACCUCUGUCCAACAUCACCAUCACAUGAAAACAGUUGUUCUCAUAACAGUCAUGUUGGACUGGCAUGUGCAGACUAA